AUGUUGGUGCUCCCAAACCGCUACACGGACCCAAAGAAGUACACCAAUGAUCUAUGCGAAUUCAUCGCAACACCACUCAUUGAUCAGCUUACAGGAGGCAUCCAUGUAAAUGAUGCUCUCAUCUAUGGGGCUUGGGAGAGCUUGCCCCAAGACUGGACAAGUUACUGGUCGUCUUGGCCCGAUCAUCGCCUUGUGCAACAAGAUCUGCUUGAUAGCAUCGAGGACAGAGGGGAGCUUAUGACGACCGAGUCCUACGACAAUCAUGGCGAGCUUUUACAUAGCCGGCCAGAAUCUCUGGUCAACUGGCUGCAGAAGUUGAACUCACUUGCGCUCCCUCGAAGUGAGCGCGAAGGCCCGUUGGCUGAGCUUCCAGAUACUCUGACACACCGCAUGAAGACAAAGAAAGUUGCCGAGAUCUCAAAAGCGGUUGCUUAUGUGCAUGAUGUCUGUCAGCAAAAAGGAAUUACCCGUGUGGUUGAUAUGGGAUCCGGUCAGGGCUAUCUCUCCGUCAGUCUUGCAUAUCUGUUCCCGCAUCUGAAAAUCCUUGCCAUCGAUGGCAGUGACUCGCAGAUUGGUGGUUCACAGGAAUUCGCGACUUCACUAGGGAUAACCGAGAGCAGAUUGGUACAUCUAGUACAUUGGAUUGACGGAUCCUCCAAUCUUGCGCACAGGAUCGAAGAUUGGGCCGACGGACAAAAGUGUAUGCUUGUUGGUCUUCACGCUUGCGGAAACUUGUCAGAUCUCAUGCUGAGAUAUUUUACAUCAAUGCCCUGCAUUGAGGCAUUGGGGGCUAUUGGAUGCUGCUACAACCAUAUUAUCCCUCGCUCCCCCAGCCACCCUGAAGGGUUUCCCACCAGCUCGACUUUGAGAAAUCAUAACCUCACGCUGAGUGCCACGGCGCUGAUGACGGCCUGUCAAGCCCCAAGCAAUUGGGAACGGCGGCGGCUAUAUCGAGCAAUCCUAGAAAAGGUUCUAUUCGACAAAGGGAUCAAAGUAACUGCUGAACAACGACCAGCUUGGGGUAUUCGCAAAAGCGACAUGAUUGACUUCACCCACUUCGCACACAGGGCCAUGGACUGUUUAGGCAUCAACCGCGCAGAGAUUACGACCGAAGAUCUGAAGAAAUAUGAAGAGAAAUAUCGAAACUGUGAAGCGAGGAUAGCGAUCUUGUGGACACUCAGUGUUCUUUGCUGUAAGGUCGUGGAGAGCGUGAUUGCUCUGGACCGGUACUGGUAUCUCGAGGAACAAGGGCUAGACAAAGUGGAAGUUUUCCCAAUCUUUGAUGCUAAGGUCUCACCCAGGAAUUUGAUAGUUGUGGCACAAAAGAAUACGGCUAGACCGUCGUAA